AUGUCAGGGUUCACCUAUUUGGUACCGUUAAUGUACCUUUUGUGGUAUGCAUCACAGCUUGAGACAUGGUCACCGACUCGACCAAACAUAAUACUUAUCAUGACUGAUGAUCAGGAUAUUGAGUUAGGCUCCAUGCAGUUUAUGCCAAAAACUAUACAUCUACUAAAAGAACGUGGAAUAACAUUCAAUUCAGCUUUCGUUUCAACACCUAUAUGUUGCCCAAGUCGAAGUUCGAUAUUAACUGGAAUGUAUGCGCAUAAUCAUCACGUACUUACUAAUAAUCACAACUGUUCAGGGCAUGACUGGAGGAAUAAUUACGAGAAAAAAACAUUCGCUGUGUAUUUAAAAAAUGAAGCAAGCUAUACAACAGCAUAUUUUGGCAAAUAUUUAAAUGAGUAUACCGGUUCAUAUAUUCCGCCUGGCUGGGACCACUGGAUGGGAUUACUCCGGAAUAGCCGGUUCUAUAACUACACUAUAAAUGUGAAUGGUGAUAAGAUCAAACAUGGCUGGGAUUAUGAAAAGGAUUAUUUUACCGACUUAAUUGCUAACGAUACGAUAGCGUUUAUCAGGGAGUUGCAUAGUAGAGAUCUUUUCAAGCCAUAUAUGAUUGUGAUGUCAUUUCCAGCACCACAUGGUCCGGAAGAUCCAGCUCCACAGUAUUCUACUUGGUUUCAAGAUGUUGAAACACAUAGAACAGAAGCUUGGAAUUAUGCUCCAAAUCCUGAUAAACAGUGGCUUUUGCAACAUACUGGACGUAUGGAACCAGUCCAUGUUAUAUUUACCGAUGUUUUACAUAGACGACGGUUGCAAACAUUGCAAAGUGUGGAUAGUAGUAUUCAAAGACUGAUAAAUGAAUUACGCGAUCUGGGUGAUCUAUCAAAUACAGUUUUCAUCUAUACAAGUGAUCAUGGAUAUCAUUUGGGACAGUUUGGCUUGGUGAAGGGUAAAAAUAUGCCCUAUGAAUUUGAUAUCCGCGUGCCAUAUUUUAUUCGUGGACCAGGAUUUCCGAAGAAUAUAUCGAUCCGUGAACCUGUAAUGAACGUUGAUAUAGCUCCGACCAUCUUGGACAUAGCUGGAAUAACAAUACCACGUCAUAUGGAUGGACGUUCAUUAGUACGACUUAUUCGGCAGUACGAUAAACAAAAGAAGAAAACGAAAAAGGAAGCAGAAAAAACAAAGGAGUUCAAAUGGCGAGAUACGGUACUGAUCGAAAGGGGAAAAAUGGCGCGAUUAACUCGAAUACGUGAUCGGUUUAUGAAACAGCGUGGUCGAUUGAGUAAAGACAUCCGUGUACAAAGAGCGUGUACUCGAUCGGAAUUCAGGGAACCUUGCAAGAAAGGGCAGCAAUGGGAAUGCAUUCAUGAUGCUUCUGGUAAAUGGAAAAUUUUCAAAUGUCAGGAAAAUGUAGAUAUUAUCAAGGAGUGUGAUUGUUCCUCGGAAGCUAUAUUAAAACGACGCUAUCGACGAUCCAGGAGAAAACACGGAAGGAUGAGUGUCCGACGGACAGCAACUAUAACUCAGCUGGAUAAUGAAGGUGAAACGGUUUUUCUAGACGAAACUUUGCGAAAGCUUUGGGAACAAGAAUUCUUUCAAUAUAUACAAGAGAAAGAAGUGAUGGAAAGUGGUGAAUGGCACCAAGGUGUUUGGGAAGACCGGAAUGAUGCUGAUGUACGCAUGAAGCGAUCGGUAAAAAUGGAAAAAGCAAGGAUUGGCUCUCUAUGUGUGCGAUACAAUACGAGUGUCAUUUGCAAACCGAAGGUAUUUCGGAAUUCGAAAUUAUGGUCUAUCCACAAGGCAAAAGUUGAUGGUCGAAUCGAAAACCUUAAAAGAAAAUUACUGCUUUACAAGAGUAUGCGGAGAACUCUGAAACAAAGACGACCAUCGAUAUCAAAUGAAUUUUCCUCACCAAGUAAUUUAAGUGGAUGUAUCUGCAGAGGGAUUUAUGCUCGUCUGCCAAGGAACGAAAGCAGCCGCGGUGAUAUGUUGUGGUGGCGAAAAAGUGGAAAAAAUAUUCACAACAGUCUGCAUGCAGGGAUUAAUUCAAAAAGCUUGAAGAAUGUGAAUAAUUACAGAAGCUCGAGUCAUGGUCAACUGCAUGCAAAUUGUGCAGUACCACAGAUGAACUGUUUCGUCCAUGGUGCAGAUCACUGGAGGACACCACCAUUUUGGCCGGAACGUUACGGCCAGUUUUGCUUCUGUCAGAAUUCCAACAACAACACAUACUGGUGCAUGCGAACAGUUAACAGUACACACAACUUCCUAUACUGCGAGUUUAUCACCGAAUUUAUAAGCUACUAUGAUCUUAGCGCUGAUCCAUAUCAGUUGCACAAUAUUAUAUGGAGCAUACCGUUAGGAGUGCUGGAACAGCUAAGUCGACAGCUUGAGCUUCUGCGAACAUGUCAAGGUCAUGCACAGUGCGAACACUAUUCCUCUUCAGUUUGGCAUCUUCCAUUUAUAGAAAGUGAUAAUAACAGCAUUAAUUAG